AUGAUAAACUCGUCGACAAUGCGGCCGACACUAGGCCAGUGUCGAGCUGGCAUACAUUCUGCUGCUCGUCUGUCACGGCGCUCCAACCUUGGGCUUCUAGCUCCUCCCGAUUACGUCCCUCCUGUAACUUCGAUUCCCUACGCAGACCUUACAAUUGGAGUCGUCCGCGAGACCUACCCCAACGAGCGGCGCGUAGCCAUUACCCCACAAAAUGCCUCGUUGUUGCUCAAGAAGGGCUUCAAGCGCGUCCUGGUCCAGCGCGGUGCAGGCGCUGAAGCACAAUUCACCGACAAGGCCUACGAGGCGGCAGGCGUGACACUGGGAGAGAGCAAGACCAUCUGGUCUGAAAGCGACAUCCUGCUCAAGGUCAGGGCACCCAGUUUCGAUGGCCAGAUGAGCGAGGUUGAUCAAUUGAAACCUGGGUCGACGAUUAUAUCGUUUGUGUAUCCGGCGCAGAACAAGAAGGUGGUGGAGAAAUUGGCGAACAGUGGGACCACCAGCUUUGCUAUGGAUAUGAUUCCUAGAAUCUCGAGGGCUCAGGUGUUUGAUGCACUGAGCUCAAUGGCCAAUAUCGCGGGGUACAGAGCUGUUCUGGAGGCGUCUAAUCAUUUUGGGAGGUUUAUGACUGGGCAAGUAACUGCAGCUGGCAAGAUCCCGCCAUGUAAAGUUCUCGUCAUUGGAGCUGGCGUUGCAGGGUUGAGUGCAAUUGCAACAGCAAAACGCUUGGGAGCCAUUGUCAGAGGCUUUGAUACCCGACCAGCAGCUCGAGAACAAGUACAGUCACUUGGGGCCGAAUUCAUUGAAGUAGAAAUCGAAGAAGACGGCUCGGGAGCUGGAGGAUAUGCAAAGGAGAUGUCAAAAGAAUUCAUCGAAGCCGAAAUGAAACUCUUUUUGGAGCAGUGCCGCGAAGUAGACAUUGUAAUCACUACAGCGCUGAUCCCAGGGAGACCUGCCCCGAAGCUGAUCACGGAAGAGAUGCUUGCUGCCAUGAAAACUGGAAGCGUGGUCGUUGAUCUUGCUGCUGAGAACGGUGGGAACUGCGUGGCUACAGUACCAGGACAGUUGGUUGAGCACAAUGGUGUUACUGUUAUUGGAUACACUGACCUCCCAUCACGACUUCCGACCCAGUCUUCAACACUGUAUUCGAACAACAUCACCAAAUUCCUCCUUUCAAUGGCACCAGAAGAGAAAAACUUCGGAGUUGACUUGAAAGAUGAGGUUAUUCGAGGCUCGAUCGUCACCUACAAAGGAGACAUUGUGCCAACAGCUCCACGGCCAGCUCCUCCACCACCACGCCCCGUCAACCCUGCACACGAUACCAAGGCUCCUGAAGUUGUUGCUGUUACGCCAUGGCAGAAGACCACACGAGAAGUGGCCACAGUGACAGGUGGAAUGGGACUUGCUCUUGCGUUGGGUAAAGCCACAGGACCAAUUUUUAUGGGCAACUUCUUCACAUUCGCGCUGGCGGGUCUCAUCGGAUACCGCACUGUCUGGGGUGUAGUCCCUGCUCUGCAUUCGCCGCUCAUGAGUGUCACCAAUGCCAUUUCUGGAAUGGUCGGUGUUGGAGGUUUCUUCAUCAUGGGUGGCGGUAUUCUCCCGCAUACUAUCCCCCAAGUCCUUGGAGCUCUGUCAGUCCUGUUGGCCUUCGUAAACGUUUCGGGAGGAUUCGUCAUUACGAAGCGAAUGUUGGAUAUGUUCAAGCGCCCAACUGAUCCACCUGAGUAUCCAUGGCUGUAUGCUGUUCCUGGUGUUCUCUUCACCGGAGGAUACAUUGCCGCCGCAAGCACUGGUAUGGCUGGUCUUGUUCAAGCCGGAUACCUCGCAAGCUCUCUUCUUUGCAUUGGCUCUCUGUCCGGCCUAGCUUCUCAAGCUACCGCUCGUCAGGGAAACAUCCUCGGCAUAUUAGGUGUCAGCUCUGGUAUUCUUGCAUCUUUGGCUGCUGUUGGGUUUCCUCCUGCGGUUUUGGCUCAAUUUGGAGGAGUCGCUGGCAUUGGGGCUAUUAUUGGUCUGAUCAUUGGUCGUAGAACAACUGCAACUGAUUUGCCUCAGACAGUGGCCGCACUGCAUUCAGUCGUCGGUCUAGCAGCCGUCUUGACCAGUUUCGGUAGUGUGAUGGCACAUAUUGGGGGAGCAGAUAUCUCCACCUUGCAUAUGGUAGCCGGAUACCUGGGCGUCCUGAUUGGCGGUGUAACCUUCACCGGCUCGGUUGUGGCUUUCCUCAAGCUUGCAGGUCGCAUGUCCUCAAAGCCAAUCAGAAUCCCUGGCCCACGACACUUCCUCAAUUCUUCCCUUCUUGGCCUUAAUGUUGCUACCAUGGGCACCUUCCUCGCAAUGGCACCUGGAUCACCAAUCAUUGCUGCUGCAUGUCUUUCUGGAAAUGCCAUCCUCAGUUUCUUGAAAGGUUAUACUACCACUGCCGCUAUCGGUGGCGCUGACAUGCCCGUCGUUAUCACCGUCCUCAAUGCAUACUCUGGAUUCGCUCUCGUCGCUGAGGGUUUCAUGCUCGACAACCCGCUCCUCACCACCGUAGGCGCCCUCAUCGGUGUCUCCGGUUCCAUUCUCUCGUACAUCAUGUGCGUCGCCAUGAAUCGCGGCCUAACAAACGUCCUCUUCGGCGGUAUAGCACCGACCGAUAACAGCGAAUACAAGAUCGAGGGACAGAUCACAAAGACCACGGUCGACGAAACAGCUGAUGCUCUGGCCACAGCCGAGAGCGUGAUAAUUGUGGUGGGUUACGGCAUGGCAGUUGCAAAAGCCCAGUACGCAAUUAGUGAUAUCACGAGGAUGCUGAAGCAUAAGGGUGUCAAUGUUCGCUUUGCUAUUCAUCCUGUUGCAGGACGUAUGCCUGGACAAUGCAAUGUGCUACUCGCAGAAGCCAGCGUGCCAUAUGAUAUUGUCCUCGAAAUGGACGAGAUCAACGACGACUUCUCCGACACCGACGUAACCCUCGUCAUCGGCGCCAACGACACCGUGAACCCGAUCGCCCUGGAGCCCGGCUCCUCCAUCGCCGGCAUGCCCGUGCUGCACGCGUGGAAGAGCAAGCAGGUUAUCGUCAUGAAGCGCGGUAUGUCGAGUGGGUAUGCGGACGUCCCGAACCCGAUGUUCUAUAUGCCCGGCACCAAGAUGCUGUUUGGGGAUGCGAAGGAUAGCUGUGAUGCUAUCAAAGGGGCGUUGGAAGCGAGGGGGAAGAUGUAUGAUGUUUGA